CCUGCCGCCCAGCAGCUGCCCUCCACCUCCGCUUCCCUGCCAGCUGUGGUCAAGAGCGAGUUUGUGGCUUCCAGUUGCAGCAGCGGGUGUGAGCCGCUCUCCACAGCCGGAAACGACGCACUGUACCCUUCCAGCGCGGACUCGCUUUUGCCGCUGUCAGCUCUGGAGCAACAGGUAGAUGUGGCGGAUCUAAUCGACUCGCUUCUGAGCGCUGACGCCGCACAGGGAGACCUGAAGCCCGCAUGCGAGGUGAAGCAGGAGCCGCUGGGGCUGGAGGACUGGCUGAAGAGCCUGUCCGCCGCUCCCGUUACCGGGGGAGAUUCCGGCAGCUACGUCAUCAACAGACCGCCGAUAAAGACGGAGCUCGUGCAGAGCGGGAGCGACCUCCACUGCGCCCCCUCCUCCCUCCCCUCAACCCUCGACUCCCAGCUGCUCUCCUCCCUCCUGCAGGGCGUGUUCCCGAUAGUCAACAUCGGCGGCGUGCACGCGGCAGCAGCCCCCAAGCUGUCGCGCGGAGGCAGGCGAGCCCCCGCGAAGGGGGGGCCGAAGGCGAAGCCGUUCCCGUGCUCCGUGCAGGGCUGCGAGCGCCGCUUCUCGCGCUCCGACGAGCUCAACAGGCACGUGCGCAUCCACACGGGACAGAAGCCGUUCCAGUGCACCAUCUGCGCGCGCAGCUUCAGCCGCAGCGACCACCUGACCACGCACACGCGCACGCACACCGGAGAGAAGCCCUUCUCCUGCGACGUGUGCGGAAAGAGGUUCGCGCGCAGCGACGAGAGAAAAAGGCACGGGCGCGUGCAUGUCAAGCAGCAGCUGCGCGCUCAGAUGAUGGCCGCCUACUCCCUGGCCCUGAACGCGCCUGGCGUCUAAAAGCGAAGAACAACAGCAGGCGAGCUCGCUCAGAGCUUCAGGAUUUGAACCGUCUACCGGAAAGCGUCCGAGACACCUUUCCACAUAACGUCACAUCGUGGGCGAUUUUGGCUGGACCCGAAAGAGGAGGAGGACGUGCCAGGCGUUUACAGGUGUUCGGGGGACUACCAAGUGCACGUUUUGGUUCCUCUCAGGGCGCAUGCGCAAGCGCGGUCCUGCAGCUGGACUGUGAGCAGGGCCGCACAGGAGAGGGCUGUACCGCAGGUGCCACUGACGUGUUUCCUGUCUGCGCCCGUCUGCCUGCUUACUGUGGUGGACUGUUAAAGGAGCAGUCCGCUGCCCGCUGGGAGGUUUCUCCUGUAAAAUACCAACCUGUGACUUUUCUGCAUGAGGACGUGAAGAAAUGUAGACGUCAGAAUGUCGUGCUUUGUUUUGACUGCUAUUUUUAUGUGAACAUCUUUAUAUUCGAGGAGUUCUAUGUUUGUAAGAUAGCUCUAUUUUUCUAGAUGGCUCGUCUACCUCUUCGUGUUUACAAUCAGAUUGUAUAUAUUUCUAAAGAUGAAUGUGCUGCGAUGUCACUCUUUCUUUUCUAUGAGACUGAUUAUGAAACCAACGCCCGCGUCUUUGGACGCUGACUGAACUUUAUAUUACUGCGGGUGCAGGUCUGAGCUGCACCGGUGCAUCGUGUUGUUUGUACUGUGACGGUGAAAAAAAAAACAACUGAACACAUACCAGCUCAGUGAGAGCUGAGCUCCAAGUAGCACACAUGGCUGUGCAGGUUUACUGUUCCCUCGUUCUGCAUGGAGGCUGCUGUCGCUGUCAAUAAACAAACAAA